AUGUCUUUCGAUAUCAUUCGGGAACUUCGCGCCACGGCGGCCGUGACCGACGAAUCUCAGGCUCCGACGAGAAACUGGAUCAUGGGCAAGGAGGAAUUUGUGAAGCGCAUGCCCCAUCAUAACGGCAUCGAGGCGCUGUGGGUGACCAGGUGGAAGCAACCGUGCUCCCAAUCCGUCUACCCCUUCCACGACGGCGCCUACGAGGAUUUCGGCCCCAUCUUCAAGCACCUCAUCCAGGAGAACAUCAACGACCCGUUCUCGCCCAACUACACGGCCUCCUUCGUCCCCGUGGCUCAGCGCCUCGAGGCCGCCGGCGACACGGCGCUGCUGGAAACGGGCAACAACAACAAGUCAAAAGCCUCGGCCCUGUACCUGCGUGCCUGUGCCGUCUACCGCAUCGCCCGUUUCCCCUACAUCACCAAGUUCCCCGCGGGGAACGACAAGCCCAAGCUGGAGGCCUGGGAGGCGCAGAAGAGGGUGUACCUCAAGGCCGGGGCGCUGUGGGAGGUGCCGGUGCAGGAGGUGUUUGUGGAGCAUGCGCAUCGGAAGGGGAGGGACUUGGAUGCCAUUCCGGUGUACGUGCGGGUUCCGAAGGGCAAGCAGGGUGUGCCGGUGGUGAUUCUGAUGACUGGGUUGGAUGGGUACCGGCCGGAUAAUACGAUGCGGUGUGAUGAGUUCCUGAAGAGAGGAUGGGCGUCCGUCGUGGUAGAGAUCCCUGGUACGGCCGACUGUCCCGCCGACAGCGCCGACCCGGAGUCGCCUGACCGGCUCUGGACGAGCCUGUUGGAGUGGAUGGCCAAGGACGGCCGGUUCGACGUGAGACGGGUCAUGGUCUGGGGACUGAGCAGCGGCGGAUACUACGCCGUUCGCAUCGCGCACACGCACAAGGACCAGCUCGUUGGGAGCGUUGCGCAGGGAGCCGGCUGCCACUAUUUCUUUGACCGGGAGUGGCUGGAGAAGGUGGAUGGGCAUGAGUAUCCUUUCGAUCUGACGCCUGCGAUGGCCAUGAAGCAUGGAUUUGACUCGGUCGACGAGUUCAAGGCCAAUGCGCAGAAGAAGUUCUCGCUGCUCGAGACGGGCAUCCUGGAGAAGCCGUCGACCAGGUUGUUGUUGGUGAAUGGUACUCUCGACGGCCUCAUGCCCAUUGAAGACUCCAUGAUGCUCUUCGAGUAUGGCCGGCCCAAGGAAGCACGCUUCUUCAGUGGCGCUCUGCACAUGGGCUAUCCGAUGGCCAAUUCGUCCGUCUACCCCUGGAUGGAAGAGGUCAUGGCAUCUGUGAGGGACUGA